CUGAGGGUCAUGUACUAGUAUCUAGGGCAGGCGCAUACACACUCUCUCUUUCUCCUCUUUCUCUCUCAUCGCAUUGCCUUUCACUCUCAGGUUGAAUUAUUGAUAGCUUCCUCCACAGUCAAUCCCAUUCAAGAAACUCACUUCCCAUACUAGGGUUUGGGGGAAAACCCAGAAACAGGAAGAGGGUUGGAGCAGACGAAUACCAUACUUGCCAUUCGCCAUGACUGGAAAAGCCAAGCCCAAGAAGCACACUGCCAAGGAGAUUGCUGCCAAAGUUGACGCCGCCACCACCAACCGCGGCGGGGGGAAGGCCGGGCUCGCCGACCGUUCUGGUGUGGAAAAGGGCGGCCACGCGAAGCUCGAGUGUCCGCACUGCAAGGUCACUGCUCCUGAUGUCAAGUCUAUGCAGAUCCAUCACGACGCCCGCCAUCCCAAGAUCCUCUUCGAUGAGUCCAAGCUCAAUAAUCUCCACGCUGGUUUUGUAGGAGACUCAUCCAAGCCUAAGCCCGGCGUCCGCGGCAGCCUCAAGAAGUGAAACCUCAGCCCCUUCCCUUCCGCUGCUGCUACUCAUAGAAAACAAAGGAAAAAAAGAGCGGGAGAGAGUGAGAGAGAGAAACUACUACUGCGUGUGUGUUGGUCUAUCAUUCUAGCAUGCACAAUAACUUGACAGACUCUACGCAUGUGUUGCUGUAAUCUACGCUUGUUGUCUUAUCACGGAUACGAUUGUUACUUGUCUUUGUUGGUUAAGUCUUCCUUUGUUUGUAUCUUUUGGCCAAUGGUUAUUGCGUUUCUUGCUCAAGUUUUCAAAGACGUGUCAAGAAGUAAUGCCUGAUUACGC